AGCACAAGCAGCAGAGCUCAUCGCACUAACUGAAGCCUGCACGUUUGCAGAAGGCAAAACCGUGACUAUUUACACUGACUCACGCUAUGCUUUUGGGGUAGUGCACGAUUUUGUGGCUAUUUGGAAGUGUAGACAAUUUCUGCAAGCAGUACAGACCCAGUUUCCCUAAGAAAUUGGGUCUGCUAAUUUUUAUCUGCUGACUCAGCCGCAAAGGAAGAGUCUGAUUCCUCUCACACCUCACGCACCUUACACUCAUUUGUUAGAAUGCCUGUCUCCUCCUUCACUGACAACAUGUCGUCACUUCAGCAGCUAGCUACACCAGUUGAUUCAACUUUAUCUUUCAAGAUGGGAUGUGAUGGUGGCACGAUUCCUAAAAGACACGAGUUGGUGAAAGGCCCCAAAAAAGUAGAGAAGGUUGAUAGAAAUGCAGAGCGAGCUGCCAAAUGGAAAUACUGUGCCUUGAGCCAGGAGAAACUCAGACGCCCCAUUGUUUCCUGCGAGAUGGGAAGACUCUACAACAAAGAUGCUAUCAUUGAAUAUCUUCUGGAUAAGACUGCUGAGAGACCCAAUAUGGAGGUUGUUACUCACAUCCGUGGGAUUAAGGAUAUUAAGGAGCUGAAUUUGACUGAUAACCCUGAGUGGGCGGGAGAGAGAAGUAAUACUAAAGGAGACGUAUAUGAGGACCUCCACUGCGGCAUGUUCAUUUGCCCUGUUGUUGGGUUGGAGAUGAAUGGCAAGCACAGGUUCUGUUACCUGCAGACUUGUGGCUGCGUCUUUUCUGACAGGGCCCUGAAAGAGAUCAAGACAGAUAUCUGCCACAAGUGCGGGGACUUGUUCAAAGAUGAGGAUCUUGUCGUGCUCAACGGCACUAAGGAGGAGGGGGAGAAGCUGAGGGAGAAGAUGGAACAAAAGCGGGCCAAAGCCAAAACUAAGAAGUCAAAGAAGAGCAAAGCAGCUGAAACAGUGGCCACACCAUCAGAGUCAAAAGACGACACCAAAGGUCCUGAAGUGGAUGGAAAGGAGAGCUCUCUACAAACUGAUGGUGAAAGCAGCCAGUCAGAUGUGGCCGGAACCUCCAGCUCCACUGAAGGCUCCAAAUUGUCGAAAUCCGCCGCCAGCAAGAGAUCCGUCCAGGAAAUGACAGAAAAAUCAGAAGUCUUCAAAUCCUUGUUCACCACGCACAGCUCUGCCAAGCGAACAAAAGCUCAGACAUCCAACUGGGUCACCCACACCCCGUAUCACUUCUAGAAGCUAUCACUCACAGCAAAGGUCGCCGUUUUUAGAUUGCUCCACAUAAUGCGACCCAUUACUGAUAGUUCUACACACCCAGCAGCAUCA